AUGCAUCCCCUGUCAAAGCCAAUCACUCUCACUCACCACGAUGACCUCAGCCCUCUUCCAGCGCAUCAUCCCCUUCUCACUCCUUUCCCUCAUUUCCAGACAGCCCUUCAACACGCCAAGGCGGAGCCUACCCACCACAGCGACCAGCAACAUUACAACGAAAAGCUCCUUCACACUCACCACACCACCACAUCCGGUACGCUGUCUAUACAGUCUUUGGCGGAGACGGGCGGGAUAGCUGCGGAUAUCACGCGCACCCAUUCGCAGCCAGCAAUCGAUUUUUUCAAACGGGAUACCAGUAGAGUUGAGAGGUUUUUUUCUAAGAUCUCUGGUGUGGAGCGCGGAGAUCAAGUGGACUGUUUAAAUCCACCUGGAGCCCGCCGCGGCAACAGACUGCACCUACAUGAUCAAUCAAAUCGUCCCUCACACCUCAAAUCGGACCAGCGAAACCACAUUUGGCACCACAGACGCCGCGGACAUCGACCUCGCAGAAGCGGAAAAUCGGAAACAGCAGCAUGGGCAGUGCGAAGUAUUGCCUCAGAACGAUGA